AAAAGUUAUUUGAAUUAAUUUUUUUUAGAAGAAGUAUUUGAAUUAUAAAUGACAAGAUUCUGACAAAAAUCGCCUGAUAAAUCAUCCCAAAAAAUGCAUAUAUGGCUGAUUCACACAGCCCACAACCGAAAUCCAAAGGGAGCCCGAUUUAUAGACCUUGGAGAUUCGAUUUCUUUACGUCCGGGACUGACCCGUUUCGAUCCGAUCCGAGCUAACUGAAUUUGUGCAGCGAUCGAAAACUCCAAUCGAAUCCCUAACCCUAAUUGUCGUCCAAGUUGCUUUCAACUCUACCCCGACGAUUUUCAAUUCUACCGAAUUCGGAAGCUCUUACAGUUGCUUCUGUUUGAAUCGAUCUUGAGUUAUGCAGCUCACUCUCGAAUUCGGUGGUGGACUUGAACUUCUAUGUGAUUCUGUCAAGAUCCAUGAUGUGAAUGUUGAGCCACAAGGUGAAGAAAAGAAGCUAACUGUGAAACACUUGCUCUCGUGGGUCCGUACGAAUUUGAUCAAGGAAAGACCCGAAAUGUUUAUGAAAGGAGACACAGUGAGACCUGGCGUUCUAGUCCUCGUAAAUGACUGUGAUUGGGAACUAAGCGGGCAGCUUGAGACGGUACUGGAAGAGAAGGAUGUCGUAGUUUUCAUCUCAACAUUGCAUGGUGGCUAGGAUCUAUGUAACCAGUUCUGUAUUGCAUCAAUUCUCACAUUCUUCAUAAAAAGAAUCAGUAAGAUGUCUGCAUGCUUACUUGUGAUAAAUGCCAAUCCAAUAUAUAUCUAAAUCCAGACAAAGUUAGUCUGUCUUCCUUGCAUUUUGUGCUUGCUCAGGGGUCGUUUCUUCGCUUCCUUUUAUUUUUUGGAACAUACAUUGGUUUAGCCUUGUAAUUAUAAAACAAAUUAGCCAAUUUAAUUUGAAAAUUAUCUAAA